ACUAAAUCUGUAAACAGUGAAGUUGUAGUUUUACAAUUUCGGUACGUUGUUAAUACUAACUAAUCAACUCCUGUAAUUAACAUAAGAAACUAUUUAUUAAUUAGAACAAAAUACAGAAAUCUUGUUGUCAUCAGACAUGUUAAAGAGAAAGCCACUGCUGUAAUCAAGUUGCUCCCUAUAUUUUUUUUAAGAAUCAAAAGGUGUCCACUUUUAAAUGAUACAUGUGCAGAAUAUCAGAUGGCAUUGGAUAUUUAAAGAAAUUUUUACAUCAGAUACAUCUUCAAUAUUUAUCAUCUUUUAGACUAAACAGAGCAGAAAUAAUCCUGUUUAUAUAAAUCUAUGGUCUGGCAGAAGAACUUACCUGCAGCAUUUCCAAUAUUUUCUUUAAGCUGAAAUUAAUAACAACAUUUCCCUUCUCUCUCAGGAUUAUGUAUAAGAUGAUUUUUCUAACUUGAAUUACAAAGAUGUUUGCAGUAUCUUCUGGUAUUGAUGAAAAUACAUCAAAAGGAAUAUGUUUUUAAAUACAAACUAUAAAAAAAAAAUGAGAAAGAAGUCAAUAUAUUGAGGUGAGAGAAUGAAAUUAUGGAAAAGGUAAAGUGUGAAACUGAUGAGUCUAGCAGGGUUGAUUUUUCAGAAAAGAUGCCAAAAGAGAUAGGACAGCCAUCAUACCAUGGUGGUAUAUUCUUCCUAAAUCAUCACUUAACAGCUCAUAGAAGCAUUCCUACUGGAGAGAAACCAUAUCACUGUGGUAUCUGUGGUAAAUCAUUCUCUGAAAGCAGUCAUUUAACUAACCACAAACAUAUUCACACAGGACAGAAAGCACAUCACUGUGAUGUCUGUAGCAAAUCAUUUUAUCGAAAUGAUGAAUUAAUUACUCAUAUACGUAUUCACACAGGUGAGAGACCAUAUCAGUGUGAUAUCUGUGGUAAAUCAUUUACUGUAAAAUGUGUCUUAACUAAACACAAACUUAUUCAUACUGGAGAAAGACCUUAUCACUGUGAUAUUUGUGGCAAGUCAUUCUCUCUGAAAGGUAACCGAGAUACCCAUAAACGUAUUCAUACAGGAGAGAAGCCGUAUCGCUGUGACAUCUGUGGUAAAUCCUUUUCUGAAAAUGGUGAUAUAACUCUGCACAAGCGUAUUCAUACAGGAGAGAAACCAUAUCAGUGUGAUAUCUGUGGUAAAUCAUUCUCUAGAGGAAGUACCUUAAUUGCUCACAAACGUAUUCAUACAGGAGAGAAACCAUAUCACUGUGAUAUUUGUGGUAAAUCAUUCUCUCAGUGUGGUGUCUUAACCAGCCACAAACGUAUUCAUACAGGAGAGAAACCAUAUUUAUGUGAUAUCUGUGAUAAAUCAUUCUCUGAAAAAAGUCACUUAACUAGCCACAAACGUAUUCAUACAGGAGAGAAACCAUAUCUGUGUGAUAUCUGUGGUGAAUCGUUCUCUGGAGGAAGUACCUUAAUUACUCACAAACGUAUUCAUACAGGAGAGAAACCCUAUGAAUGUAAUAUCUGUGGUAAAUCAUUCACUGAAAGAAGUCACUUAACAAAACAUAAACGUAUUCAUACUGGAGAAAAACCAUAUCAGUGUGAUGUCUGUGGUAAAUCAUUCUCUGGAAGUAGUGAUUUAACUAGACACAAAAGUAUUCAUACAGGGGAGAAGCCAUAUCAUUGUGAUAUCUGCAGUAAAUCAUUCUCUCAAAGUAGUGUUUUAAUUAAGCACAAACGUAUUCAUACAGGAGAAAAACCAUAUCACUGUGAUGUCUGUGGUAAAUCAUUCUCUCAAAAGAGUCACUUAACUAAACAUGUUUGUAUUCAUACAGUGCCAGAAGCCGUGCUAUAAAAUAUGUUGUAACUGAAGAUGUAUUCACUCUGGAAAGAAAACAUUUCAGUGUGGUAACAACAUCUCAACAUUAUAUUUUCUGUCACCACAUAUCUCUACAUCAGUAAGAUAAAUUACAAUUGCAAUAUUUUUGAUAAAAAUAUUUUUUAAAAGCUUAAUUACAUCCCAAUAGUUUUAAGUUCCAUAAUCAUUAUUUUAUUAUCAAUCAUUGCCUCCUUAGGGUAGAAAAUGCCAUUACAUUUGUACAAACAAAUCCCUCCAAAUUAACUGUCUUUGAAUGUACUUUUAAUAAUAUUUAUCAAUACCAAUGUGCUUUAUUGGUAUUGAUUCUGCUUUGUUCUGAUAGUAACAACUUCGGCAAUAUUAAGCUUUAUCAGCCCUAAGACAACAACAGUGACAUGGAGACAUUUAGCUCAUGAGCAAAUGCUUGCAGUUCCUUGGUUUUAUGAGAUAUACAGAGGUCUGGCAGAAGAACUUACCUGCAGCAAUUCCAUGGUCUUAGGAGAUAUACAAAUGUCCAAGAUGAACUCACCUGAGGAAGUUCCAUGUUAUUGGGAGACAUACAAAGGUGUGUGAGAGGAAUGUAACUGAGGUAGUUCCAUGGUCUUUGAGAGGAACUCAACUAGGGCAGUUCCAUGGCCUUACAAGACAUACAGCAGUUUUGGAUAGAGAUUAACUUAGGGCAGUGGCAUGGUCUUAGGAGACAUACAGAGUUCUUGGAGAGAAACUCACCUAGGGCAGUUGUAUGGGAUUAGGAGGCAACAGUCUUCAGAAAUGAACUCUGCUGGACCAGCUCCAUAGUCAUAGAAGGUAUACAAAGGUUUGGAGAGGAAAUCAACUAGGAUACAUGCAGAGAUUUUUGACUUAGGAGAUUUCGAGUGAUCUUGGAGAUGGACUCAGCUGGGACAGUUCUAUGGUCUUUGAAGACAUAUAGAGCUCUUUGAGAGAAACUAACCUGGGCAGUUCAGGGUUCUUAGGAAAUAUAUAGAGGCCUAGGAGAUGAACUUUCCUGGAGCAGUUCCAUUAUCUUAGAGACAUAGAACAAUCUUUGAGAGGAACUCAUGGAUUUAGGAGAUGUACAAAUGUCCAGAAGAAGAAAUGAACUGAGACAGUUCCAUGAUCUUAUAAAUCAUACUGAGGUCUUGAAGAGAAACUCACUUAGGACUGUUCCAUAGUUGUGGGAGACAUUCAGAAGUGUGUAUGUGAUCAGAAAGAGAAUUACCUCGGGCUGUCGCAUGGUCUUAGGAAAUGGAGGGUUCCAAAACAAGCUCAUCUGGACAGUUCUAUGGUCUUAAGAGAUAUAUGGAGGUCUUGAAAAGAACUUAUCUGGGCAGACUCGUAGUUGUAGGUGACAUACAGAGUUCUUGGAGAGGGACUCACCUGAUGCAGUUCCAUAGUCUUAUGGGAAAUACAGAAAUCUUGGAUAAGUGUGAUGAAAAAAAAGCACCCAGUACACUUUGUAAAGUGGUUGGUGUAGAAACUAUGCCAAAAUAGACAUUGGAACUCAAAGCAGCCCUCUGACACAUUGGAUCCUGUUGAACUGUUUAACCAAUAUGCUGAUAUGGAAUACAUCAUCAUCAUAAUUGUUAAACAUCCGCUUUCCAUGCUGGCAUGGGUUGGACGGUUUGACUGAGGACUGGCAAACCAGAGGGCUGUACCAGGAUCCAAAUCUGAUCUGACAAAGUUUCUACAACUGGAUGCCCUUCCUAACGCCAACCACUCCAAGAGUGUAGUGGGUGCUUUUUAUGUGCCAUUGGCAUGAGGGCCUGUCAGGUAGUACUGGCAACAACCACACUUGAAUGGUUCUUUUAACGUGCCACUGGCAUGGGUGCCACGACAAUGACUCGGCCACAAUUUAAGCAAAAAUAAACUAAGAGAAAUAGUUCAGGGUGACCAGUAGUAUGAAUAUGGACAAUAAGAACAAAUAAGGGUAUAUCAAAUACAAGAUGAAUUCUUUAUUGAAAUUAACUUCUUAAGAGUAAACAAAUGUCUCAGGAAUUCAUGACUAAAUAAAAAAUUCUUCAAUAGCAUGUCAAUUUCCGAAAGAAAGACCAGAUGUGAAGUCAAGUCAGAAGGUGAGUGUGAGAGAGAGAAUAGGGUUAGAGGAACAGAAAAGGUGGGUGGGUAGGUAAGUGUAUUGGAAUGAAAAGAGUGACAUGAUUAGAGAUGGGAGGAAAUAGGGCUAAGUCAGGGAAGAGAAGGGGGUAAUAAGGGAUAGUAGUAGGAAUACAAUGUAGGAGGUUAAGAGAGCUUCAAUAUUACUUUCCCCCAACACAAAACCAAACUACAUCUCAUUUAGGUUAACUUUCUUCCCAAUUAUCGAGUUUUCUGUUACUUCCUGGCUGAUCCAACAAUUUGAUACCUCUGCAAUUACUUCUCCCUAAGAUAUCUCCUUAAAAUAAGAGUGGGAGGUUAAAGGAAAACAAAAUGAUCCACGUGUUCUUGUAUUUCACAGAUAGAAUGAUUCACAAUGUACUGUUGUGUUUCAUAACUUAGCAAUACCAUUUGUUGCUACAUGAAGAAUCCCAAGAAUAAAUCGUAAUUAAGAUGUAAAUAUGGUGACUACUAUUAAACUCGAGAUGAAAAGUUUUAACGUUAUCAAAAAUACUACUACUACUAAUAAUAACACAGCUAAAUGCUUGUCAUUAAGGAAAGAGGGUAGUGUAACAAUUUGAUAUUACAUCAUUUAAAACUUAGCUUAAUUGUUCUUACUUGACCACUUACAUGAAUAAAAUGA